GGCUGCCAUCACUGGGGGGCUGCCGUCAUUGGGGGUCUGCCGUCAUUAGGGACGGGGUCACGGUGUGUUUGGGGCUCCCACAGCUCUGACUCCUGGUUAGGGGCAGGAGGCCCGGCAGCUCGGGGGCAGACCCUCCCGCUGCACGGUGCUGGUGGCAGCGCUGCUGUAGGCCCCAGGUAGAAAUCCCUGCUGCUGUAAGGGAGCAUUGGGGCCUUCACACUAUUAAAGCAGGUAUUUUGUCACAACAGGGCCGAGCAGGGGAUCCCUGUGGGUAUCGUGGUGGGUCUGAGCCUCUGCAGCAAAUGUGCCUGGCAAAGGCCUGCUGCUGGGGGUGCGGGUUGGGGCUCCUGCCUUGUGAGGGUGUUUGGAUGCAGCUCACAGACCCUCUCCUCUGUUCUUUUUCUAUACAGAGAUCCCCGUGUCUAUAGACACAGCCCAGAGGCCGCAGCAAGCAGGUGGGUAGCUUAGAGACACACCAAGAGAGCUCAAUUCAAGGCUCAGAGACCACGGAAAAGCUCAGAUCAGCACAGCUUUAUUUCUGACAUCCCAUUGCCACACUGUAGGACGGGGCUGCCUGCAGGUCCUUGUGCCACGCAGCUGGGCCACAGACCGUGCAGGACUGCGGGAGCCUACAGGAGACCUUCACCUUGGUGCUCUGCCUGCAGCUGGGGACGAGGGACAAGCACUUCAGCCUGCUGCUGGAAGCAGUGCCCGCCAGCCCUUUAAUCCAAGUAGGAGGAAUUACACAGCUGUGGCAAGGCACCUUGGGGAGCGCUGCUGGUGAAGCCUAGCAGCAGUUGUGACUCUUCUAUAACUGAUAACCAUGUCAGCUCAUGAGGACAGAUGGGUUUCUUCCUUCUCUAUCCUGUUCUUCUGUGCCGUCUCCAUUCCAAUGCUGGGAAGUGCAAGUCUGCUACAGGAGUUGAGCCCCCAUGAGUACUUCAGUGGCUUACAAACUAAUAAGGCUUCCCUGGCUUAUUUCAGCCAUGCAGUUUCUCCUGGUGCCCAGCCCUUCUUGGAACAGAUUGAAAACUCAGUUGAGGCUCUGCACGACUACGGCAUUUCAGUGGUGAAGGUCAGGUGUUCCAAAGAGGAUGUCUCAAGAUACUGUGGAAAAGAGAAUGCAUUAAGGAAAGCCUACCUGUUCAGAGGUAACGUGCUGAUCAGAGAAUUCCCUACCGAUGCAUUGUUUGAUGUGAACUCCAUUGUUGCUAAUGUUCUCUUUGCCCUGCUAUUUAAUGAAGUUAAAUAUGUUGAAACACCGAUGGAUCUUCAGAACAUAGAAAAUGCUCUGAAAGGGAAAUCGAACAUGGUCUUCGCAUAUAUACCAGCCACUGGAACAGCAGAGCACAGAGCUGUGAUGGAGGUGGCUUUUGUCUAUGGAACUGUCCACCAGUUUGUUCUAACAACUGAGGCGACACUGUUGAAAGAUGCUGGCAGCAAUGAGCCUGAUGUAUCAUCUGCCCAGCUGUUGUUCUGCCAUUGCCAGCAGGCCACAGACCUGGCACAGCCCUGCAGGAGGACACCCUUGGAGCAGGAUCUGACAGUGCUGAACAUACACAGACAUCUCAAACUCAUGGGAGCUCCUCUUGUGACUGAAGUGGCUGAGGACCCUGAGAAAAUUUCCACCGUUCAUUUACAGCUUGGGCUGCCACUUGUGUUUGUCCUCAGCCAGAAAGAAACCUAUGAGGCAGACAGGAGAACAGCAGAGUUUUUGGCCUGGAAACUCCUGGGGAAAGCAGGAGUUGCCAUUUUGUCCAGGGACCUUGUGGACUUGAACAUUCUGCGGAAGUCAAACAUUGCUCUCAAAACACCGGAUGAGGGAGUGCCAAUCAAGUACCUGGUCUUGGAUGACACUGAGGAAGUUAUAACUCUGGUGGAAGAUAAGAGCAAGGUUAAACAAAUCCAGGAGAAUGAGGAUGAAGAUGAGGAAGAUGAGGAAGAAGAAGAGAAUGACAAUCAAGACAUACAGGAUGAUCAGGUGGUGGAAGCAGUUUCCAGGGACAAGAAGCGCGAGCUGCCCCUGGAUCAGAUCCUUACCCUGACAGAAGAGACCUUUCACUCUGCCAUGUUAAAAGCUGCCCAGACAGUGGUGCUAUUUUAUGCCAGCUGGGAAGCAGUGUCUCUGGCAGUGCUACAGUCUUACACAGAGGUGGCUGAUCACCUGAAAGGAACUCAGGGGAUUUUGCUCUCUCGAGUGAACUGCUGGGACUGGCCUGGUGUUUGCACAACACAGAAUGUCACUCAGUUUCCUACCAUAAAGAUUUACAAGAAGGGAGAGCAACCACCAAUCGUGUACAACGGCAUGUUGGGAACUGAAGAACUGACCAGCUUCAUCAUGUUGAGCCAAGUUUCCUGCCCUCUGAAGCUGGCAACAAUUGAUGAAGCAGAGCAGUAUUUAAGAGGAGAGCUUCCAUCUGAGCUGUCAUCCUAUCACCACUCUUUGGUUCUAGGAGUAUUCAGCACAGCCACAAGUAAAGUCAGGGAAGCGUUCAUGGAGGCAGGAAGCAUCUUAAGUGGACAUGUAACAACAGGGAUGUAUUUCGAAGAUGAUGUCUUGGCUUUGUCCCAUAAAUAUGCAGUGUCUCCUCCUGCCCUCCUCAUUGCCAGGAGCAGUGGUCAGAGCGUGGAAGGCAUCGCCUUGUCCCAGCAGAGCGCACAGGACAUCGUGCAGAUGAUCAGAUACAAAUUGCUGGAUAUUUUUCCAGAAAUCACCGUGCAAAAUCUGCCCCAUUACUUGCAGCUCAGAAAGCCUUUCCUCAUCUUGUUUAGUGAUGGUGACAUUGGUCAAAUAGAGAGCAAGGAAAUGCUGAAUCUGGCAAAAGGGAGAUCUCAGCAAGCGUUUGUGCCGUGCUGGUUGAACUUGAAGAACACUCCAGUGGGCCUUGGGGUCCUGAAGGCGUACUUUGCCACCGUACCAUCAUUGCCUGCUCUCGUCUGGGUGAACCUUCACGCUGGAGGUCAAGUGUUUAAGUUCCCAUCAGAGCAGUCUAUCACUGAAAUGAACGUCUUGUCUUGGCUGGAGAGACUGAAGGCAGGACUGGAGAUUCCCAGCAGUACCCUGUCUGAGGAGGACUGGAAACCACCUCUUCCUGCCUACAAUUUCCUCCAGAUGAUGGAGGCCGCGGGGCCAGAGUUCACCCUCCAUACCUCCUCUCACCAAGAGGGCAGACAGGAGCAGCAGCAGCUGGAAGGCUCUGAAGAAAAAGCCACAGUCAGAGAGGAACUGCUUGAGGAAGCCAGGGUGAAAGCAGAGAAAGCCCAGGGCCCUGGGAGGGACCUGCGGGGGACAGCCCCGAGGUUGGCAGGGAGGGAAAAGCAGGCCAGGAGGCACAGUGAGCUGUGAGCAGGAGGCUGCGGGACAGUGCCCAGAACACUCUCUUGCUUUCUCAGCCCCCAGUGAGCCUUUGCAGCAGAGAGAGAAGUGAGUUCAACUGUAAACUAACAGAAAUGGCACUUAAGUUCUAGUCUAAAUUCUCUGUUGCAGUGUGUAGGUAGUUCUGUGGUACCUGUGAUUUCUGAGAGCAGAAACACAUCCGUAGCUUGGCCCUGCUGGGUGCAAUCCGUGAUGCAUCCCGCAGUAGAUUGUGAGAGCAGGUCUGCAUGAAGGUUGCUGCUGAGUUCUGCCUGCCUGUUGGUUAAUGGAGGGGCAGACUGAGCUCACUUGGCGUACUGAGGGCUUGCCCACAGCAAAUUAUGCCAGAAAAGUUGAAACACUGCAGCUUUUCUUCACAGUUUCUGUAUAUCCAAACAGGGAGAAAUUGAGUGAUUCCAAGAUAAAGAACAUUUAUCUUCCCUUCGUUUCAGUAGAGGCCCUACAGACCUGUUUUGGCAAGCUCUGCUCUCCAUAAACAGUUAAAUGUGCACGGUAACUGUGCAGAGCUGGAAGGGCAAAUGUACCUCGGGCUGGAGGGCUGAAGUGUUUAAACUGACAUGUGAAUGUUUACACCUGAGUGGUGAGCUGAAUCCAUGAGCGUUCUCAUUCCCAGGGGUAACAGCGUAUCUGGCUAAAGAGGCUGUAUUACAGAGAGCUUGGGUCAUCACAGCAGCCCUGAGUACCCAAAAUAAGAGUUUGCCAGCAAAGCCCAGGGGCCGGGCAGAUUGGAAGAUGGCUUUGCUCAAUGCUGGCAUUUUCUUGGUUGUGAGCCCAGGGGGUUAUUUACAGCCUCUGCUAUUUUCCUUCGGUCUCAGUAACAGCAGCGAGGUUGGUGCCUUCUGAGCCAAGGAUGGUGCAGGAAAUGAGAUAUGCAGAAAGACCAGCGUAGAGAUAAGGGGAGAAAAGUGAGAGGCAAGGCUGGCAGUGCGGGGACGGGUGGUGCCAGUGUGGGGCAGAGCAGUUUCACAUCCUUCUGGUGGUGAGUGGGAGAUUUGGGGUGUGGGGAAGCGGCAUUUCAGCCUCUGCUCCUUUCCUCGGGUCGGUCUGAUUCCAUGCUGCAAGACAUGGGGAGAGCAAUGUUUUAGGGAGAAAGCUCUGUCUAAUUUCACUGAUGGCCACAACAAUCUUCCCACUGCCUUUAGUAACCGUCUGCUCUGUUCCACAGCCCUGCUGAGAUGUGUGGGGAGGGUCAGAUCCUCUCUCUCAUCCUGCAAACAGCCCACAGGGAUGGGAAUAUUUUGAAAUGCCGAGGAAUUGACCAUUAGUUCUGUGCCCUCCAUAAUUGAAACAGACCAUUUUUGGACUCCUGUCAGGCUGAGAGCCAGAAUGUAUGUAUUUAAAGUAAUAAACUGUUGUAUGCAGUACACAGUCUACCAUGUAACAGCAUUUUCCCAAGGAAAGGAGUAGGUCAGUGUGCAGGCAGAGCCUCUAUGAGUUCCCAUCAUUCCUCUGCAAUGCAAAGUGGUAACGCUGUGCUCCAUGACCUGUACAUGGGUCAUUUCCAGCACUAUCCCAGCACUGGUGGCUGCUUUCCCUCUUACUGCAUCACUCACCCUCUUCAAGCAGAGAGAAAGUGCAACAUUUGGGCUUUUCAAUCAUUUCGUAAAUAAACUCUUAUCUCAAGUUCAA